CGAAAUGCAGCCCAACUGCUGUCAAAACUCGAAGGUUCGUCAAUUUCACGAAAACAUUUGAGUCGCAGUUUGCAUUAUGUGAAGUUAUUUUUUUGUGAAUUACAAUGACAAAUUACGUACAAAACACCGGAAAAUAUAUUCCAGAGAAAGCGGAAGGAGAUGACACCAACGAGAUCGGAUAUCGGCAGUCGAAGGAGAAUGACAAAAUCGAUCUCAAGUAUGGAUACGAGCGAGUCAAGGACACGCAGGAACGAACCGGAUACUUGGUCAACAUGCAUUCGACGGAACUUCUGAACCAAGAUCGUCGCCUAGUGGCUGCCUUGGACCUGUACUUUCUCCAGAUGGAUGGCUCUCGCUACAAGAUGUCGAUUGUUUACGCACCCUACCUACUGCUGAUCACCAAGGAGGGUCACGCCUUAGAGGUUGCCAAAUUUCUCUCGCGAAAGUACGAAGGUCAGCUGCAGAAGGUCGAACACAUAAGUAAGGAGGAUCUGGAUUUGCCCAACCAUUUGAGCGGGCUAAAGCAGAACCUUUUGAAGCUGACUUUUGCCAACACCAGCCACAUGAAUAAGGUUAAGAAGGAUCUGUCGGCGGCGGUGCGGAAGAACAAGGAACGUGACAAGACCAACACGAUCUACAUGCAGAUGCUGAGUAGUGCGCUGACCGUUUCCUCGGAGAGCGCGGGGAAUUCAUCGGCCGUCCAGAACACGGACUUCUACGAAAGCAUCAUGGAUAUGCGAGAGCACGACGUCCCCUAUCACGUGCGGGUGUCGAUCGAUUUGAACAUCUUUUGCGGUUUGUGGUACACGAUGCGUGGCCGAGGGGACGAUGAACCACCGAUCGUUACGCCGCGGCCGGAUAUUCUGGACCGACCGGAACCGGUGGUGCUGGCGUUCGACAUCGAGACGACUAAGCUGCCGUUGAAGUUUCCUGAUGCGCAGACGGAUCAGAUCAUGAUGAUUUCGUACAUGAUCGACGGGCAAGGCUAUCUGAUUACGAAUCGGGAAAUCAUCAGUGCCGAGGUAGAGGACUUCGAGUACACACCGAAACCGGAGUUCGAGGGGCAGUUCAUUGUGUUCAACGAACUGAGCGAGAUGGCGUUGAUUCAGAAAUUUUUCGAUCAUAUUCUUGACGUGAAACCGCACAUUUUUGUGACGUACAACGGUGACUUUUUCGAUUGGCCGUUUGUGGAGGCCAGAGCGGCCGUCUACGAUCUGGAUAUGAAGCGGGAGAUUGGGUUUUCGAAGGUGAACCAGAGAGAUGGGAACUAUCUGUGCCGACCGGCGAUGCACAUGGAUUGUUUGUGCUGGGUGAAGCGAGAUUCGUAUUUGCCGGUUGGGUCGCAAGGUUUGAAGGCCGUCGCGAAGAGUAAGCUGCGGUACGAUCCGGUCGAGCUGGAUCCCGAGGAGAUGUGUAAAAUGGCUGUGGAGCAACCGCAAGUGCUGUCGAACUAUUCUGUAUCGGACGCUGUUGCCACUUAUUAUCUGUACAUGAAGUACGUGCAUCCGUUCAUAUUUGCCUUGGCCACAAUUAUUCCGAUGGAACCGGAUGAAAUUCUUCGCAAGGGCUCGGGAACGCUGUGCGAAUCACUUCUCAUGAAGGAGGCUUUCCACGCGCGGAUUGUGUUUCCUAACAAGCAAGUCUCGGAACUGAAUAAACUGACCCCCGAUGGGCAUGUCCUUGACAUGGAAACGUACGUUGGAGGUCACGUGGAAGCUCUGGAGUCUGGAGUUUUUCGAGCGGAUAUUUCCACCCGUUUCCGAUUGGAUCAAGACAUGCUGAUGCAGCUGCAUGACAAUGUGGAUAAAGUGCUGGAGCACGCGAUCGUCACCGAAGAGGGGGUUCCAUUGGAUCAGGUCACUAAUAUGGAGGAGGUUGCGGAACAGAUUCGGGCAGCGUUGCAGCAGCUCCAUGAUGCCCCGUCCCGUAUUGAGCAGCCCGUAAUCUACCAUCUGGACGUCGGAGCUAUGUACCCGAACAUCAUUCUGACCAACCGGUUGCAGCCAUCGUCCAUGAUAUCGGAGACGGAUUGCGCCGCGUGUGAUUUUAACAAACCCGACGCUCAGUGUAAGCGCGACAUGGAAUGGAUGUGGCGUGGAGAGAUGCUUCCGGCCAGUCGAAACGAGUUUCAGCGAAUUCAACAGCAGCUGGAAACAGAGAAAUUUCCGCCACUUUUCCCCGGCGGUCCAGUCAGAGCCUUCCAUGAGCUUUCCAAAGAAGACCAAGCCAACUAUGAGAAGAAACGAUUGGCUGACUACUGUAGGAAGGCGUACAAGAAGACAAAGAUCACCAAGUUGGAAACCCGGACGUCCACCAUCUGUCAAAAGGAGAACAGUUUCUAUGUGGACACGGUGAGAGCGUUCCGUGAUCGUCGUUACGAGUACAAGGCUUUAACGAAGGUGGCUAAGGCAGCCGUGGCUUCGGCGCUGAAGAGUGGCGACGCAGGCGAAAUUAAGGCGGCCAAGGGCAGAGAAGUCCUAUACGAUUCCCUCCAGUUGGCGCACAAAUGUAUUCUAAAUUCCUUCUACGGAUACGUGAUGCGAAAGGGAGCCCGCUGGCAUAGUAUGUCAAUGGCAGGGAUCGUGUGUCUGACAGGUGCGAAUAUAAUCACAAAAGCAAGGGAGAUCAUCGAAAAAGUUGGUCGUCCACUGGAACUCGAUACCGACGGUAUUUGGUGCAUUCUGCCGGCUUCCUUUCCCCAGGAGUUCACCGUGUUGACCAACCACGCCAAAAAGAAGAAGAUCAACGUGUCGUAUCCGAACGCCGUGCUGAACACCAUGGUGAAAGAUCACUUCACAAACGAUCAGUACCAUGUGCUGGAUAAGCCAUAUGAAUCCGGGAGUCCAGCGGUUUAUUCGAUCAAGCCGGAGAACUCGAUCUUCUUUGAAGUGGACGGACCGUAUUUGGCAAUGGUCUUGCCGGCAGCCAAAGAAGAGGGCAAAAAGCUGAAAAAACGUUACGCUGUGUUCAACUUCGAUGGAUCGCUGGCCGAACUGAAGGGUUUCGAGGUCAAACGGCGAGGUGAAUUGCAAUUGAUCAAGAUCUUCCAGAGUUCGGUGUUCGAGGCGUUUCUGCAGGGUUCGACGCUGGAACAGUGCUAUGCCUCCGUGGCCAAGAUCGCCGACUACUGGUUGGAUGUGUUGUACAGCAAGGGUCACAAUAUGCCAGAUAGUGAAUUAUUUGAGUUGAUUUCAGAAAAUCGGUCCAUGUCCAGGAAGCUGGAGGACUAUGGCGAACAGAAGUCUACCUCGAUUUCGACGGCGAAGCGUCUGGCAGAAUUUUUGGGCGAUCAAAUGGUGAAGGACGCGGGUUUGGCCUGCAAGUUUGUCAUAUCGAGAAAGCCAGAUGGGGCACCGGUUACGGAGAGGGCGAUCCCGCUGGCGAUUUUCCAGUCUGAGCCGAGCAUUCGAAGGCACUACCUGCGUAAAUGGCUGAAGGAUAACUCAAUGGGAGACGCUGACAUCCGAGAUGUGCUGGACUGGCAGUACUACAUUGAACGAUUAGGUGGAACUAUCCAGAAGAUCAUCACAAUUCCAGCGGCGUUGCAAGGUUUGAAUAAUCCCGUGCCGCGAGUUCAACACCCGGACUGGUUGCACAAAAAGAUGCUGGAGAAAAAUGACACGUUGAAGCAGAGGAGAAUCAGUGAGAUGUUUACGGUUAAGGAGAAACCCCCGAUGCAGGAUAUUGAGGAUCUGGGUCGAGCGCGAUCGCGAUCGCCUAGCGUCGGUCCGAAUGUUCCGAUUGCAAAUUCCAAACGUCGCAGAACGCCGUCAACAGAAGACGCUGCGGCAACACCAGAGCCGAAAACCUGGCGAGAAGCCUUAGGGUCACCUCCGCCGAUUGGAGACACGAAGAAGGAGCUCCAAGCGUGGUUGGCGUUCCACAAGAAGAAAUGGAAAUGGCAACUGGCGCAAAGAAGUAAGUUCCGUAACACUGGAAAUAAACGAGCUCGUGUGGAUGAUCGCGAAGCACCCUCGACUACGAUCGCAUCCGGCCGCGCGGCGGCUACUUUGGGUGGUUUCCUUCGAAAGACGCAACGAUCGCUGAUCGAGAGAACCUGGCAGGUACUCCAGAUCUUGCAGUCAGAUGAAAUGGGUAACUUUGUAAUUUGGGCCAUGGUUGGAGAGGAGCUUCACAGGAUCAAGCUGGUCAUUCCCAGGAUUUUCUACGUCAACCAACGCUGGUCGGCGCCUCCGGAGGAAGGGGCUUUGUGGAAAAAGGUUCAUCGCAUACUGCCGCGAUCACGCCCAGCUCAUCAACUGUAUCAGUAUGUGGUUCCCGAACAGAUCUUCCAAGAAAAUAGUUUGGGAUUGUUGGCAGAUUUGGCCACUCCAGAUAUCGAAGGAAUUUACGAGACCCAAGUCUCGCUUGAAUUCCGUGCAAUCAUGGAUAUGGGCUGUACGUGCGCUGUGCAGCGAUCAGAGUCCCGGAUCCUGGCAAACAUGACCACCAAAGAAAUGGACACUUUCAACAUUCGUCAGCUGGAACUGAAACCCAACGAUUCUGCAUCCUACUUGCAAAACGAAAGAAGUAUGAAAAAGAUCUACCUUUACCAACACAGCAUUAUCUCGGGAAAGCGAGAAAUUUGGGGUCUGUUCAUGGGUGCCAGCAAAGUGGUUGUGAUCAUCAUUUUCGACAGCGUUCGUACCCAUCAGCUCCCCACGCUAAAAAGCCUCUACCAGUCAGAACGAAGGGUCCUUAUUUCUACUGGAUUAAGCAAAGAAGAGGACCUUCCGCCGGAUGAUUUGACGUUCCGUGACUUCGUCGAAGUCGACAUCACCCAAGUCUACAAACGGCUUGCCUUAACUUUGAUCGGUUACAAGGAAGAGAAACGUGGCCCAACCAUCCUGUGCGCCCAGACCAGAUUCAGUCUUCAGAAGCUUAACCAGCUGAUUCCGGCCUGUACGGAGUUUCCGGAGGCUCAAAUUCACAUCUCCGAUGACGCAUCGUUGCUGUACGGCUUGGACUGGCAACGGAUUGGCGCGCGGAUUAUGAUUCGUCACUAUCUUAAUCUGCAUAAUGUGACCCGCAUGAUGCUGGAUCAGUGUCGCUACUUCCAGAUUCCGCUCGGCAAUAUGCCCGCUGAUGCUAUCCUGUUUGGGUCGGAUCUGACCUUCGCUCGCCACUUGCAGAAGCAUAAUUUUGUUCUGUGGUGUUCGCCAUCUUCAAGACCGGACUUGGGAGGCCGCGAAGCGGACGACAGUCGACUGUUGGCGGAGUUCGAAGACAACAUAUCGGUGGUUCAAAACCGACAGGGCUUUUAUGGCAACGUGUGCGUGGAAUUGGCCAUCGAUAGUUUGGCCAUUUCAGCGCUGCUGCAGGCAAGUCGCGUCCAGGAGAUGGAAGGAGCAGCUUCGGCGAUCACUUUCGAUGUGGUACCGCAGGCAUCCUUGAACGACAUGAUCACCAAUCAGGGCCAAGCCCUCCCGAGCUACGACGAAACGGCGUUGUGUUCACAGGCGUUCCGCGUGAUGCGAUCGAUGGUUAACGUCUGGCUGCGUGAUGUUUCACUCAGUAAGAGCGACUUUGCCGACUACCAGAUCAUCCACUUUUACCGGUGGGUGCGAUCGUCACGGGCACUGUUGUACGAUCCCGCCCUGCGGCGGGCGCUGAACAAUCUCAUGAGAAAGCUGUUCCUUCAGAUGAUAUCCGAGUUCCAGCGGUUGAAGGCGGAGAUCAUCUACGCGGAUUUCAACCGGAUUUUGAUCAACACUGGCAAGAAAACGGUGGCGGACGCGAUCGGUUACACCGAUUACGUGGUGCAAAGUAUCCGCAACAAGGAGCUCUUUCACAGCAUAUCGAUCUCGUAUAAGCGCGCGUGGGAGAUUUUGUUGUGGAUCGAUCCGGCCAACUACAGCGGAAUUAGUGUGCCAAAACGUCCGAAUGCGGAUGGAAGCCAAAGUGAGCCUACUGGGGAGGAAGAAGCCCAGCUUCAAGUGCACUGGAACAUAGCGGAACAGCUACCGGCGGAAGCGGAUUGUAAGAAUAACUUUGACAGCUUUAUUAUUAUGUUUAUGCAAAAGUUGGCGAACGGCGUUCCACCUGCAACAUCGGUACAGGAUUUGUCCCACGUGGCGUACGGUAUGGUGCAGAGGAUGCAUAAAAACUAUGGCCGAGGCAUGGAGGGACCGGCGCUUGAAUUUAUCAAGGCACUGUGCAAGGUACUGGAGGUGAAUAAAGACAUUGGCGAGGAGUUAACAAGUCUCCGUCGAAAUAUGCUACAUCUGGUGGGAAUCGGCGAUUUUAGCGACAAAGCCGUCUGGAAGGAGCCGCAGAAAUCGUACGUUCUGAGCGAGGUGAUCUGCAAGGCUUGCAAUCAUUGCCGGGACGUGGAUCUGCGCAAAGAUGGGAAUCGUGCGAUCCGGGACGGCGGCGUAGUGUGGAUGUGUCCGCAGUGUAAUGCGGAUUACGAUUCGGUAGAAUUGGAAAUGCGCCUGCUGGAGGUGGUCGAGCGGAAGAUGAUGUCCUACACGCUGCAGGAUCUGCGCUGCGGGCGGUGCAAGCAAAUCAAGCGGGAGAACUUGGCCGAGUUUUGCUCGUGUGCUGGAAGCUUUGAGAAUUUGAUUUCUGCUGGUGAACUGCGACGGUUGCUUAACAGCUUUCUGACCGUGGCCGAAAAUUGCAAGAUGCCUUUGCUGAAGGAGUCGGUUGAGCACAUGUUGAAUACCACCUAAGCGGACGUGAAAAAAGGUAAUUCACUUCCUGGAUAUUUAUAUUCAAUACACGUAAUUUGGUUUUUAAACAUUUGUAACUUUAAAAA